AUGGAUUAAUUCUAUUAAAAAAAUUAAGAGUAUCCUAUUAUUAUUUGGACUGACAGCCAAAUUUCUAAUUGGGAGAAUAAAUUAUAUUGUGAAAAACUCCAAACUGAUUACUAGAAUGCAUUUCAAGCCUUUAAUGAUAUAUCUGAGGCAAUUAAAAUAUUGUAGAAAAUUGGUGACAAAGAUGUAACAAUCCUAACAAGUGGAUAAUAUGCUUAUUAACUUGUAAAACAUACAAAAAAAAACAUAAUUGUAUUUUGUGGUAGAAGACAAAAUCAUUUAGACUUGUUCAUGAAUAAUUUCUAAAUUUAAUCAAUAGUGUCGGAUUCAUUUUAAUCUGCUCAUGAAAAUGUUAUUAUGAGUAUGAAUUACUCUGAUAUUCAAAACUAACUCAUCAAAUUAUUAUCACCUCCAUAACAACAAUCAAUGGAAUAUCAACAUUCAAAAUAUCAUGUGAGUAUCUAAUUUUUAGUUGCAAUAGAAGAAAUAAAAGAAGAGAAAAGACCAAAUUAAUAAGAUGUUUUUGGUGAAAUAGAAAAUUUACUCAUUGAAAAUAAAUAACAAAAAAUGAGUAAUAUUUUAAAAGAUUUAGACAAAUAAGAAUAAAAAAAAAAAAAAAAACGAACAAAAACUUAGAUUUGUUUGAGAAAUUUAUUUAUAUUUAUAGCAGAAAUGAGAUUUAUGAAAAGUUUAACUAAUUGUUUGCUUAGCAUGAUUAUUAACCAAUAAAAAACAUUAUUGCAUGUCUUUAUUAAGGUUUUAAGGACAAUUAAAGCAAAGAAGAUAAAUUUCAAAAUCUUUUUAGAGGUACAUCCUUUGACUAAUAAGGAAUCUUUUAAUAAAUUAUUAAAGAUCUAAACUAAUCAAGAGAUGAGGGAGCCUCAAUAUUUUGGAAUACAAUUGCUAGUGCGUCUUAAGUAAGAGACGUUGCGAAGAUGUAUGCUAAAGAAAAGGAAUAUGGAAUAUUAUAUGAAAUCACAUUGGAUAAAGAUGCUCCUCAUCCAUUUUUUCAGUUAUAAGACUAUCAUUCCCAUUAUCCAGUUGAAAAAGAAGUAAUAUUAUUCCCAUAGUUUGAAUUCAUUGUAUAGGAAAUAACAUUCACAUAAGAAGGAAGCAAGUAAAUUUAUACAGUGAAAAUUAAAUAAGUGAAGAAUAAUUAUGCUUUUGCACUAGAUCCUACUAAGAGAAAGAUUUAUUGGGAUUCAAUAAUUGAAUAGAAGAUAAAGCCUAAAAUAGAUACAUUGGUGAAUUUUCAAAGUAAAAGAAUUUUUGAAUUGAUAUCAUUUUCAAAUUAAAACUAUAACAAAGAAAUUUAGAGAAAAAUAUUCUCGAGUAUUGAAACUGAAUUGGAAAAUACAUUUUAAUUGAUUCAUAAUUAAUUAUAACAGAUUUUCUUUCAUUCUAAAUACCCUAAUAUUGUGAAUCAAAUAACAUCUCUAACAAAAACAUACACUGAAAUAGUAAAAUGUAGAUACGAUGAUUAAUCAGCAGAAAUUGCCAAAUUACAUAUUGAUUAAGUUAUGAAAUGA